CAAUUCACUGCCCGCACUUUUCACUCAAAAAGUGAAUCACUUAGCCCACACGACACCCAUGCCCAACGUCACCCCGGCCAACGCUUCAAAACGUCACGACGCGACGCUAUUAUUCUAUUAUCCCUGUUCAAUAGAUAGCACGACGACCCUCACCUAGUUAACACCCAAGGAACAUAUGACCUGUAAUGGAUGUGAAGAUCUGGAGGUGACGUUUUGCUUGAAUCUCCCCGAGAAUGAGAGAAACUUAAAACUUCUUUUGUUUACGAUCAAGCUGGUCAUAGUUUCGUAAAGGUGGACCCACCGACAAACGAGACGGCACUUCAUUCAUUCCGUGGAAUAUCUAAUUUACAUAGGGAAGUGUAGAAUUCGAUUAAAAAAUUUGGGUUUUUAAUUGUUUUUAGUGAGAUGUUUAAAUUCCGGUGGUUAAAUUCCGAUGAUUGAAAGAACAAGAGAAUUUGUCCAUUUGUUGAUUUGUUCUAAUUCUAACAAUAAUUGUUCUUAAAAUUGUACAGUGAUUUUGUCCAGUGAUAAUAUCUGCUGUGGUAUGCGGUUUAAAGCCUGGACAGAAAAGUUCAUUGCCAUUCUUAAAUUAUAAAGUUACUGAAAUUACUUUACAUUGGCGUUUCCAAGAAGAAGCCACAAAAUAAGCGGCGUUCCUUUAUCUUGAUCCUCGCCGCCUCAACCUUGCCCUGUUUGCUGCUGGUUAUCAUCACCUGCAGACAAACUUUCUCCAUUAAGCGUGUUUACAGUUUGUACUGAAAUUAGGGGUAAUGUUUGGGGAGACCAAUUCGUACCAAUUUCUGAACAUAGCUUUCAGACCAAUAUCUUCCGCCUAUAAUAACAGCCUUUGUUUUAUGGAACAUUUUAGUACGAUUUUCAAAUUUUGUAUACCAUGUGUGUAAAUAAUUACACUCCCAGUUUCCUGUAAGCCGUAAAGGCCAAAAGUGAUCCACCUAGCAACUUUGUCUAAGAAGUUUUAGUACCACUUAUUUGACACGCGAAACAAUAUAGAUCAGUGCUCUUUUUAAACUGAAGCACUCGCGAAAUAAUGCCUUUACAAGCACGAGAGUUUGACCAAGUUCCGGGUCACAUGGAGCCAGAGAAUAACAUCGUGGCGCCUGAAGGGGAAGCGGGUCUCGACCUGGACAACGAAGAAAACUCGGGACUGGGACGUGUCUGCUUUUCCACGGACGCGACCCAGACGGAGGGGGAUGGCGAUGUGGUGGAUGGUGCAGCACAUCUCGUCCAACCACACCCACUCCUUCCAAACAACCAGAAUAACAAUGGGUCAUGCGAGCUCGCUGAUGAGGGACCGACCUGUUCUCAGUCUGAUGGGGGAUUCUUGUCCAGCUUGUUCACAAUGGUGCUUCCGGUGAAGAAACGGGAUCAAAUCGUAAAUCCAACAAAUAGUCGUACUAUUGCUACCCAAACGGAGGAGCAGGAUCCAAUUUGUGCCAGAGGUCAACAGUUGAGCCUUUUGUUGAUUCAAGAACUUUCACUGCAAAAUCCUAUCCCGGCUUCGUAUAAAGAUGAUGUUUACGAAUCUCUCGCGUCCUGCAUUUGCGACAUGCUUGUAAAACAUUCCAUUUUAUUCAACGGCAUGGUUCGACGAUGCCAUGUAACUCAUUAUCGGACAUUCUGUUGUAUUGCGAAUGAAAUAUUUGAAGCGAAUGACUCCGGUCAGUUUAAUGUGUCAUGGGGUCGGAUUAUCAGCCUGUUUGCUUUUGCGGUUCGUCUCGCUCAGGAAUUCCGAGAGGACGAGGAGCAAGUUGACUACAUUAUUCGUUUCUUGGCUUCAUAUGUCACGAAACAUCUAAUUCCAUUUGUCCGUUCACAUGGAGGAUGGGAGAAUCUAGUCGAGCACUAUCCUAUCCCAGUUGAUGAUGAUUCGCAAAUGAAGAGAGCAAUAUUGUGGUCCGGCCUUUGUGUAGGUCUAAUGGCGACAAUGUACGUAUCAUCAUUUCUGUCGUCACGAUAGUACAUUUAUUCAAGCAAAAAAAGGUCUUUCGAGAAAGUACUCUAUAAGUUUUAGUUGCGUCCAAUGCUCAACUGCGUCAUUCAUUUAAUACCAUUUUAUACCAAACCACAGCAGCUAUUGUUAUACAGUAACUAUUAUUGUCAGAUUUUAUUUUAUUUUUAUUUUUUAUAAAAAAUAGCUCUUACAUGUUAUUUAUUCUAUCGUAUGUUCUAUCGUAUGUUAAGAUGUGAAUUAUUUUCAAGGUAUUGAUGUUCUCUUAAUGCGUGGUAAGACAGGCAUUUAAAGUAUUAUUCGAAUCUUUUAUCUUAACGGAAAUGCCGGUAAAUAUAAUAGAGUAAUAUUUUACCUAAUAUUUUUAAUAUUACAAACCAAUACUCAUCAUGCUAAGGCGACGGUAUUUCUUGACUGCCAGCUCUCUAGUCUUCCCAAAUUGUGAAUAAUAUUGACUAUAAGACAUUGAAACCCAAUAUAAUAAUUAAUUUUACACCUUGUAUAUUGAGAUCUUGAUUGUGGUCGUGUGGCCGAAAUUAAACCAAAGUGAGAUAGUAAUAAAUAAAUGGCUAUUGAAGGGGGAGAUGCUUUAAGAUUGCUCAUUUUUUUAAUCCUUGUGAAGUAUUUUGUAUUUAAUGUUAAAAUAAUAAUUGUAAUGAUUGCGGGGGGUAUUUUUCACGAAGGGCAGCUUUCACGAACUAAACAUGAGUAUUAUAAAAUCUAUUUCCGUGUAUGACGUACAUAAUUAUUCAGAUUGAUAUUCAGUAUGAUUUUUUGUUCUCUCGUCAAAAUUUUCAGUAAUAAAAGUAUUUCUCGUUCAAACGCGUA